AACCAAUUACAAUCUGUAACCGUUUCUGUGCGGACGUACGAUGAGAAUUAUUUGAAAAUGGAACUACAGUUUGUUCUCGCCCUGUUCCUUUUAGGAACCGUUAGUUCUAGUGAUGUAAAAAGUAGUUUGACUUUUGUCAUAGACGCUACGUCGUCUAUGAGUGACGAUGUUAAAGAAGUGAGCAACGCUGUAGAUGGGAUUUUAGAUGCAGUGAGUAAUUCCAGCUCUUCGCCGGUUGGGGAAUUUGUGUUGGUGACCUUUGAGAAUGAACCAAAACUGGUAACAAAAACCAAAGACGCCUCAGCUUUCAAAAAGGAGCUUGGCAACGUCAACACAGGCGGAGGCGGCUUUUGUCCCGAAAAGACCCUGACGGGAAUCGAACUGGCUCUCAAUGAGAGCCAAGACGGAUCCCUUCUGUACGUCUUUACUGAUGCUUCGGCUGAGGACUAUAAAAAUUUUGCUAAAGUCGAAGCACUCAGCCAAAAGAAAGGAGUUCAGAUCGUAUUCAUCCUGACAGGAGUGUGUCAGAACGAUACCUUCAGCCAGAACUACCUGGUGUUCCAUGAUAUCGCCAAAGCUACGAAUGGACAAGUCUUCCAUUUGAAAAAGAACGAAAUUGGAGAGAUAUUAAAAUAUGUGAAGGAGAACGUUGGGAGCCGAAAAAACGUUUUAUUGAGUAAAUCGUUGCCUGCUCGGCAGUUAGCUGCAUUUAAUGUAAAAGUAGACGAAGACGUAAAAGACCUAGUUAUCGCUGUGUCUGGCGAGGGCGCAAGACUGGGUGUGACCGAUCCGAGCGGAGAAGAAGCGCCUACCGCGAACAUCACCAGCCUUCCGACGAUAACGAUAGUAAAAGUCCCGGACGUGAAAUCCGGCGUGUACCGCGUUCAAACCGGUAGCAUCAGUAACACACAGGUCGUGGUGACAGCAUCGAGUUCCGUGCACCUUCGCCAUGGGUUCUCCACCAUCGCUCCUAGUAGCAUCGAAGACACGGUCACAAGACCUGCACCAGAUGCAAAAUCUCACAUAGCCGUUAAAGUGCUGAACCCAGCAUACGUGAAGCUGGUGAACGUUCAGAUCCUGGGCAUGGACGAUACUGUACUACAACAGGAGCCGCUUACACUCGCCAAGAAAGAUGAGCAGUUCUACACGACUGAGGCUGUUGAAACGCCGAAGGAUACGUUUAAACUAGCUAUAAAUGGUUACGACACCAGAAAAAAUAUCAAUAUAACAAGGUACAGCUUAACGCCCAUCAAACCACAAUCCGUCAUCGAUCAGCCAACCGAGAAAGUUCCAGAAGUAACAAUAGAAGGAGGACCCACAAUCAACGCAGCGUUUUUCAAACCUCUUACUUUGAAGUGCAAAGUCAAAGGAUACCCAAAAGUCGAUAUUAUUUGGCAAUCUGAUGACGCCUCUGCUACACUGGAGUACGAGAAGGCCUCAAUCGUCGAGCUGCCCUACGACUACGUGAGUGUGCUGGAGAUACCCAAAGUGGAGAAGAAACAGACGUUCAGUUGCCAAGCAACCAACGCGGCGGGCGACGGCGUACAGAACGUCACUGUGCUUACUGAGGUCAAGGACUUUAUCGAAGUUAAGGCUGAAGACACCACCAUCGAAUACCAGAAGCCUGGCAACAUAACCUGCGAGGUCCUAGCUCACCCCACAGCCACAGUGACUUGGUAUAAGGGUCGCAAGCUCCUCAAACCUGGCUCCAAUUACAAUAUAUCUGCUGAUGGUACCGUCAUCACCGUGAACUCUAUGGAGCCAAGCUUGGCUGGCAACUACUUCUGUGUCGCCAAGAAUAGUGUGAAGAAGGUUGCCAAGCUUCUGAAGGUGGAUAUUAGUGGUGUUGGACCACCAAAAAUCGAGAAGACCAUUCACACCGUUCACGCUAGAGCAGACACACCUGUGGCUUUUCGGUGCAGGCUACUUGAAGCUAUACCCGAAGCAACCCUGAGCUGGUCCUUCAAGAACGCCAACGAACACACCACCCUGAACGAAACAUCGGACACGUUACACCUGGGCUACGUCCAGGUCACCGACGCCGGCACGUAUAGCUGCAAGGCGCAGAAUGCUAUGGGGGUCGACUACCAUGGGAUCGAGUUAGUUGUUGAGUAUUCCCCCGAUAUCUCACAAGAGACGGACACAAGGAAGACGGUGCUAGAGGGUACCCCUGUGACACUGGACUGCGCUGCCGACGGCAUCCCAGAACCUAGUAUCGUAUGGACCCACAACGGCCGUCGCCUCUCUGAUAAGACGAGGCAUACGUUUUAUGCCAAUGGAAGUCUUGGGUUUUCAGCCGUACUGUCUGAUGCUGGAUACUACAGUUGUCAAGCGAGUAACACGUGGGGAAGUGACUCCAUCACCAUCGAGCUCGACGUAAUUGUCCCCGUCGCCCUGAAGUCUCCAGGGAAAACCUUAAUUGAGCAAGAAGAAGGUACAUCCCUGAACCUGGAGUGCAAAGCUGGUGGCCCUCCCCAGCCCCACAUCACGUGGUACUACCGCAAGACUAACACGUCUGACGCCAUUAAAAUAUCGCACAACACCGCCGAAGGGGACUUGCGUUUCCCAAGAAUACACCACGGGCAGAGUGGCGAGUACACGUGUGUGGCUGUGAAUGCUGGCGGAUCCAAGAAUAUCACCUACACCGUGUCUGUCACAGCUCGACCCUCUAUCCUGUUCAGGAUGAGGCAGUACGACGGCGUUAAGGACGACAUGUUUCUGCGGGUCCCCUGCGAUGCCACCGGCAACCCGAAACCUGAGGUCCUCUGGACCUUCGGAGGAAAGAACCUUUCUUCAGACACUCAAUGGUACCUCAUCGGCAAAGACGGCAGCCUGAUCAUCAAGAAAGUGGACGACUCGGCAGCAGGGACGUACACUUGCACGGCUAUCAACAAGUUUGGGUCCACUUCCGAACAGUUCCAAGUUGUUGUCAAUGAUUAUCCUGUUGAUCGCUUUUUGUCGAUCAUGAUAGAAGAAGGUAAAACUGAAAAUAUUGCUUGUCCUGUCCCUCACAGGCCCAAGAUUGACAGAGUCAAUUGGUUCAAAGACGGCCGUAACAUAACUUCAGGUGAACUCAAGAACGUGACUCAAGAGGACGCCGGCACAUAUACCUGUCGUGUGAGUGGUCCCGACCGGCCGCCACAGACCGGAUCCACCAGGGUUGAAGUCGGGUUCAAACCUCGGUUCAACAAUGAGGGGGAGAACAAUAUUCCGUACGUGUAUGGUCGGAGAGCGACGAUGGAUUGUUCUGCUAGUGGAACUCCUCAGCCUAUUGUGACCUGGCACCACGACGGGCAAGUUCUGUCCGUCACCCAGUUCGCGUACGAGUUCCAGAUGAACAACGACGGGCAGAGAGGGCGCUACACCUGCGCCGUCACCAACCAGUACGGAUAUGUGCAGAAGGACUUCGUCGUCGCUUAAGAUGCAGAACUACGCAGGUGCGAAGGUUCCAAUAAUUAUUAAACAUAGUCGUACUUGUUCUACCACCGCCUUAACUAAAUGGCUACACUAUUAAAGUACCAAUAGAUCGAAUAUAAUAUAGUAUACAGUUUUUAAUAUAAGUUUGUUAUAGUUUUACUUUGUACGCUGAAAAAGUUAUUAAUAAAAUGUUUGAACCCAGA